CAAACUGCAAUUCCUCAAAAAUAACCACACUCAUAAUCAGUCUCUUCUCUUCUCUUCUCUUCUCUUCUCUUUCACACAACACACGCGCGCGCACAGAGAUGGCAGGAAAUGAAUGGAUAAAUGGGUACCUGGAGGCCAUUUUGGAUGCAGCAGGAAGCAGCAGAAGCAACAACACUCGUAGUUCAAGGAGAGGGCGGUUUGAGGAGAAGUUGAGACUGCAGGAAAAAGGGUUUAAUAUUAAUAUGGAUCAUCAUCAUCAGCAUCAGCAUCAUCAUGACAACAAGGACAAGGAGGAGAAGCUCUUCAGUCCCACCAAGUACUUUGUUGAGGAAGUUGUCAAUUGCUUUGACGAGUCUGACCUCCACAAAACUUGGAUUAAGGUAAUAGCAACAAGAAAUAGCCGUGAGCGCAACAACAGGCUUGAGAAUAUGUGCUGGCGUAUUUGGCAUCUCACCCGUAAAAAGAAACAGAUAGCUUGGGAUGAUGAACAAAAGCUUGCUAAACGGAAAUUUGAGAGAGAGAAAGGUCACAAAGAUGCUGCAGAAGACCUUUCAGAGCUUUCUGAAGGGGAGAAGGAAAAACCUGAUGCUAAUCAGCCUGAAUCUCAUUCGGAUAACAUUCCCAGAAUAAACUCUGGUAUGGACAUAUGGUCCGACGACAACAAGUCCAGGCGACUCUACAUUGUCCUAAUCAGUAUGCACGGGUUGGUGCGCGGGGAAAAUAUGGAGCUUGGAAGAGAUUCAGAUACCGGUGGUCAGGUGAAGUAUGUAGUAGAGCUAGCUCGAGCACUGGCUAACAUGAAAGGAGUUUAUCGUGUUGACCUUCUGACUCGACAAGUCGCCUCACCAGAGGUUGACUCCUGCUAUGGUGAGCCCAUCGAGAUGCUGUCGUGCCCGUCAGAUGGCAGUGAAAGCUGCGGUGCCUACAUUAUUCGGAUCCCAUGUGGACCUUGUGACAAGUAUAUUCCAAAAGAGUCAUUGUGGCCAUACAUACCAGAGUUUGUGGAUGGGGCUCUCAGCCACAUUGUGAACAUGGCAAGAGCUCUAGGGGAGCAGGUGGAUGGGGGGAAGCCUUAUGUGAUUCACGGUCACUAUGCUGAUGCAGGGGAGGUGGCAGCGCGCUUGUCUGGGGCCUUGAACGUGCCGAUGGUACUAACAGGCCACUCACUGGGUCGGAACAAGUUUGAGCAAUUACUUAAACAGGGCAGGCUGUCUAGGGAAGACAUCAAUUCAACAUACAAGAUCAUGAGGAGGAUUGAGGCUGAAGAGUUGGGGCUGGAUACUGCUGAAAUGGUGGUAACUAGUACAAGGCAAGAGAUUGAGGAGCAAUGGGGCUUAUACGAUGGGUUUGACAUCAAGUUGGAGAGGAAGCUCCGGGUUAGAAGACAGCGUGGAGUAAGUUGCCUAGGGCGAUUCAUGCCAAGAAUGGUGGUAAUCCCACCUGGGAUGGACUUCAGCUAUGUCAAAGCACAAGAUUCAUUGGAAGGAGACGGAGAUCUUAAGUUUUUUGUCGGCUCUGACAGAACUCAAAACAAAAGGCAAAUACCUCCAAUCUGGUCUGAGAUAAUGAGAUUUUUCACAAACCCUCACAAGCCUACCAUCCUUGCCUUGUCUCGUCCAGAUCCAAAGAAAAAUGUGACCACUCUGCUUAAGGCUUUUGGAGAAUGCCAACCACUUAGAGAACUAGCCAACUUGACGCUAAUACUUGGUAACAGAGAUGACAUAGAAGAUAUGUCUAACAGCAGUUCAGCUGUUCUUACAACAGUACUGAAGCUUAUUGACAAGUAUGACCUGUACGGUCAAGUGGCAUACCCAAAGCAUCAUAAGCAGUCCGAAGUUCCUGAGAUCUAUCGCUUGGCUGCAAAAACGAAGGGAGUCUUCAUCAACCCGGCACUUGUUGAACCAUUUGGUCUAACACUCAUAGAGGCAGCUGCUUACGGUUUACCUGUUGUUGCCACCAAAAAUGGUGGGCCCGUGGAUAUUCUCAAGGUUCUCAACAAUGGACUUCUCAUCGAUCCACAUGACCAGAAAGCCAUAGCAGAAGCCCUCCUAAAGCUUGUAGCCGAUAAAAACCUCUGGCUUGACUGCAGCAAAAAUGGCCUAAGGAAUAUCCACCAUUUUUCGUGGCCAGAACACUGCCGUAAUUAUCUCUCCCAUGUUGAGCAUUGCAGGCAACGCCAUCCUACAACCACUCUCGACAUUUUGCCUAGUCCUGAAGAACCCAUGAGUGACUCGCUAAGGGAUGUGGAAGACCUGUCUUUAAAAUUCUCCGUUGACACAGACUUCAAGGCCAAUGGAGACCUUGACGCAGCAUCUAGGCAAAGCAAACUCAUUGAGUCCCUAACUCAAAGGGCUUCAUCCAAUGGCCAUUCCCGUGUUAGUUACUGUCCAGGAAGAAGACAGGGGUUAUUCAUUGUAGCCACUGAUUGUUAUUACAGAGGGGGAGCAUGCAGUGAGACGUUCCCAUUAAUCAUCAGGAAUGUGAUGCAAGCUGCAGUUUCGAGCUCAGGCCAGAUAGGUUUUGUUUUGUUAACAGGUUUAACUCUAGUUGAGGCAGAGGAGCAGUUAAGACGUUGCCAAGUAAGUUUGGAAGAUUUUGACGCAUUGAUCUGUAAUAGUGGAAGCGAAAUGUAUUACCCAUGGAGGGAUUCCAUAGCUGAUGCAGACUAUGAAGCCCACAUUGAGUGCAGGUGGCCUAGUGAGAAUGUGAGAUCUCUGAUAACAAGGAUUGGUAGAGAAGAAGAUGGAGACCAGGAUGAUAUUGUAGAGUAUCCAGAAGGAUUUAGCUCUCUUUGCAAUUCUUACAGCAUUAAACCAGGAGGCAAGACUCGAAGAAUUGAUGAAAUGCGCCAGAGGCUACGGAUGAGAGGCUUUCGAUGCAAUCUUGUUUACUCUCAUGCUGCAUCACGGUUGAAUGUCAUACCUUUAUCGGCCUCAAGAGCGCAAGCAAUAAGGUAUCUAUCUGUUCGAUGGAGUAUUGACCUAUCCAAAAUGGUAGUGUUCGUUGGGGAACGAGGGGAUACAGACUAUGAAGAGCUGUUGGUUGGCCUUCACACGACUCUUAUUCUAAGAAAAUCUGUCGAAAUUGGCAGUGAGAUGCUUCUGCGUAGUGGAGAAAGUUUUAACAUGGAAGAUGUAGUGCCCCAAGAUAGCCCUAGAAUUGCUUUUGUGGAGGGUUAUGAAGCCCAAAAUAUCUCUGCAGCUUUAAAAGCUCUAUAGAUAAGGUGACUUUUUAUUUUGCAUUAUUUACUUCUUUUCUAGGAGAUGGCUUCAUUUCACACUUUGUAGAUAACACAGGAGCAAUAACAUAAUUACAAAUAGCCAGUACAUAUAUUCAGUACGGCACAAAUAAUAGCAAAUUGUCAGAUUAAAAUGAUCAUUAUAUUAGCAUUUCCACGCCAAUUCUCCAACCGGAGAAUCAAUUGGCAUGCUAAAUUAACUGUGCCUGCAUAGAUUCUGAUAGGUAAAUUGCCAAUUGCUGGUGGGAAUUAUUUACAUUUUAAAAAAAAUAUCAGAAAACUAUGAAACAAUUUAUGAUAUGAAAACGUAAUAAUUCAUGAACCAGCACUAUGUUUCAAAAAGUAAUCAAGUUGCCUCAUAUUGCUCUAUUCAAACAAAUAUAGCAGUUCCAUUAUAUUCAUUUUUGCACAGUUGGUUCUAAAGAAAUGCCUUUACACAUUUACCCGUCAAGUGACCAUGUUGAACAACCAUCUUCCUAUCCACAAGAAUGUCAAGAGUUCAUUCCUCAGCCUAUUUUGAUUAUGAAGAAUCAACAGCAUGCUCUGUUCAGUCAUACACAGCAAUCCCCUUCUACCUUGUAUUCCUUUCCACAGGCACAUUUAACCAUACAAGAAAUUCCCUGUAAAAAGCAGCGGUAACCUUUAAUUUCUGUGAACCUACUGACGCAUGAGUGAAAGUGGGAAUAGAACAGAGGUGGAAAAUAUAAGUAGCAGCAAGCACCACUCUUCCAAUAUGACCAAAAGAAAAAAAGAAAAUGAAGCUGCAAAACCAACAGAGGUGGUCCAACUCAAAAAUGUUAUGCAACAGGUAUUAGUUUUCAACUUUUCACAAACAAGACUUUUUAUGCCAUUGCAAACAUUUUCAAGGAUGACCAAAGUAGAUAACUGAUUACUUUUUUGAAUCUGUAGAAAAUGUAGUUAUUCAGUUUUGAAUAUUCUAUUUGAGUGAACAAUUUGUUAUAAUUUUAUUCCUAGGAUAUUUCUUUUCCCACUGCCUUGUUCGGCAAUUUAUAAGUCAUAACCAACUCCUAUGGAGCAUUUACAUCUAUACUAUAUAUAUUGCUCUAUAAAUUUCAAAUGUAAGGAUGUUGAUUUUCUGUCAAAAACUACACUGUAUCAGAGCAGUUCUAACACCGAUCUGUUCAUUCCAAAUCUGCAACUGAUUUCAUUCCAAAUCUACAUCUAAUAACUUGGGUUUGUUCUUCUCAAUUUUGUACCUGAUUCCAUUUCUAUUUUACCAAACAUUUGGAUCCUGUUUCCCCUGUGUUUUCAUCUACAAUCAGUGCUCUAAAAGGCGGCUGCCUAAGCCCCGCCUAGGCGCUAGGCUGCCCUUGGCCGCUGCGAUUAAGGCCAAAUCGGCCGGCCUGAUUAAUGGGGCUCGAUCAGCGCCUAGCCGCCUGGGUCGCUGCCUAGGUCACUUGCGGCCUGGUCUUGUCACCACCUGGGUCGUUCACUCUCUCUCGUCAAACGCGGCCUAGACUUGUCACCUUGCUCCUUGCUGCUUGUUGUGCCAUCUUCGUCCUUGCUCCUUGCUUGCAGCAAGUUACAGCAAGCAACAAGCAUCAUCUUGCUGUUGUUGUUGCUUGUUCAUCUU